AGAGACAUCAUCCUUGUUGGGAGCGGGGAUAGAUCAGGCAGUGGCAUUGAUCAGUUCCAUUUAAGCUUAAUAAGAUGAAAAUGUGCCGACGGCAGGAUCUGUAGUGCAGCCUGAGGAGGAAUUUAACUGAUUAAGAAGGCAGACAGACAGAGAUUCCGCUGAGUGUAUCAUCUGAUUUUGGUUAUCUGAAGAGCGAUUUUCGUCUGCACGACUAACCCAAGACUAUAUCCCCCCCUGACAAUGGAGUUUGGGGAAAGGAAGAGGAGAAGGAAGUCACAGAGCUUUAAACUGGUCACGGAUGAAGCAGGCAGUGUCCCUUCAAUAAUGAUGAAUUCAAACUGCAAAGAUGUCAAUGGAGAGUCUAAGGAUGCUGCUGUGAAUGAUGUGUGGCGGAAGGAUAAAGGAGUGGAAAUCAAGAGGCAAAUCACAGGAAUGAUGAGGCUCCUGAGUGAUAAGACAGGCAGGGUGUAUCAGCGUGUGGUGACGGAGCAGGACAGCUUAACAAAGGAGCCCCAGGAUAGGAAUCUGACUUGGGUACAUCAGCUUGCACCUUCAUCUCUUGUAUCAGAGGACCACCAGAGCAACAGCUGGAACUCUGCGGGGGACCCAACUCCUCCACCUUCAUCCAUUUCCACCUCCAUCAUCAACGGUCCAGGCUGUGGGCAGUACAGCACACGCUCUAAGGCCCUGAGGAGCCUGAACAACACCAAGGAUCUGAUCAAAACAAAUGAAGCUAACGCAGAUGUAAUCCCUCCUGCUGCGCCAGAGACCCCCUGCUGUAAGUGUAACUGUAAGGGCACCUUGCAGGCUAUUUUGCAGGAAAUGCGUGCCAUGAGGAGGCUGAUGCAGACUCAAAAAGGAUCCUUGGAAAGACAGGAAGAGGCAGCAUCACCAUGCCAACCUCGUCUGGUACCAGGCCCUGCUCCUCGCUGUAGGCCGCGCAAGAGAAGGCCAAUCUAUAAAGUGGCACCACUUACUGUGUCUAGUACUAGGAGAGCGGCUCUUGCCCCUCUCGAGGCUUCACCACUUAUAGCUGCACCUCUAGAAUCUGGAAAGAGGGAGGAAUGUGAGAAAGAUCAAGGCUCAUCUACACCAAACAGCCAUCCCACAUCCUCUGCUCUUUCUGUGCUGCCACCUCAAAACAGCCCAGUUAUUGUCAACAACAGACACAAUACUCUCCUGAACAAACUCAGGGAGCCUCACUUGUUAGAGUCCGAGGUGCGUCUUGCGGAGGAUUAUGACGUGUAUAUCUCAAAGGCUCAGCUUGACUCCAUUCUGGUCAACUAUACUCGCUCUGGCAGCCUGCUGUUCCGGAAACUGGUGUGUGCCUUCUUUGACGAUACUACGCUGGCUAACUCCUUGCCAAAUGGUAAAAGGAAGAGAGGACUCAAUGAUAACCGUAAGGGCUUGGACCAGAACAUUGUGGGCGCCAUUAAAGUGUUUACAGAGAAAUACUGCACAGAACACAGAAUAGAAAAGUUGCCUGGUCCACGAGACUGGGUUCAGAUCCUUCAAGAUCAGAUCAAACUUGCCAGGAGGAGGCUGAAGAGAGAUGCAGCAGAAGCAGAAGAAAUCUUAAAUGGACCUUCCACAUGCUGUGACUAUAACAAGCCCGCAAGUGUUGAGGGGCCAGUGGUGGACAAGACUGGUUGAUGUAAGGGCUGCCACAAUGGCCUUACAGA